AUGGCUCGCAGGCUGGGAGUGGCCCAACGCCUUGAUGAGGCAAAAGACAAGCGCCAGACCGGACUUCGGCAAAUGGACGCGGAUCGUCGUCGUAUCCGCAACGAGAUCCUCCUGGAUGCGGACGUCAUUUGCUCGACCCUCUCCGGUGCAGGACACGAGGCUCUUGCCUCUCUUCCGAUCGACUUCGAGACGGUCAUCAUCGACGAAGCUGCCCAAGCCGUGGAGCUCAGCACAAUCAUCCCGCUGCGCUACGGAUGCAAACGCUGCAUUCUCGUUGGUGACCCCAAGCAACUACCGCCCACUGUCAUUUCCCCGAAGGCAUCACGUCUUCGCUACUCACAAUCCCUUUUCAAGCGCAUGUAUGACCAGUCUCUGCAGGACGUCUACCUCCUUUCGAUCCAGUAUCGCAUGCACCCGGACAUUUCUGCCCAUCCGUCUGCAGCCUUCUACGGCGGAGCACUGCAAGAUGGGCCGAACAUGGCGCAGCUCACCGCUCGACCCUGGCACAGGGAUGAUUUGCUUGCCCCUUUCAGAUUCUUCAGCAUCAAGGGGCAAGAGCGUACGAGUCGCGGCCACUCUUUCAUCAACCCCGAGGAGGCCCAAGCCGCGCUUGCGCUCUAUGAUCGUCUCGUUCGGUCCACGCCUGACUUCGACUUCGAUGGCAAGGUCGGGUGCGUCACUGGAUAUCGUGGUCAAAUGCUGGAAUUGAAGCGAGUCUUCCAGCAGCGCUAUGGAAGCGAGAUCGACAAGCGUAUCGAUUUCAACACCGUGGACGGCUUUCAGGGACAGGAGAAGGAUGUAAUCAUCUUCUCGCUCGUCAGGACUGGCGGCGGUAAGAAGGGCGGGCGUGAUGGCGGAGGUGGGCUGGGUUUCUUGGAGGACGAGCGCCGUAUCAACGUCGCGGUUACGCGCGCCAAGUCCAGCUUGUUCAUCCUGGGUAAUGCGGAUGGGUUGCGCGAUGCCUCCAAGCGGGAUGGGCUUUGGAGGACCUUGGUGGGCGAGGCGGAGCACCGGGGUGCGCUCAGAGCCGUGCAUAAGGGGUCGUUCGUACAGACGGCCAUU